AUGUUGCAGACCGAUAGCAACAAGCCACUCCAGACAUACGUCCGCGAAGUCCCCGUGACUUGCGAAAGAAUCCCAUAUAUCUCGUCCGAGGAGAAAGAGCUCGUCAAUCCUGGCACCGCGCGUGCCAAUUUUGCACCUACAGUUGAAGCGCCCCAAAGGACUCAGUCUGGCGGAUGGGCCGCAAAGCAUCGUCGCGAAACAGUUCUGCAACAGCAUGUCAAUUACUUCGAUCCGGACGGAGACGGGGUAGUCUGGCCGCUUGACACAUACCGCGGCUUCCACAACCUCGGGUUCAACAUCAUUCUCAGCCUACUUGCCGUAUUCAUCAUCCACGCUAACUUCUCCUACCCAACAUCUCCAAGUCUAUUACCAGACCCAUUCUUCCGCGUGCGGGUGGCUGACAUUCAUAAGGCGAAGCACGGCAGCGACACGGGCGCCUACGACAACGAGGGUCGCUUUCUCCCGCAGAAGUUUGAAGACAUCUUCUCCAAGUAUGCCGCUGAUGGAAAAAGUUUGAACAAGUGGGAAAUCUGGAACAUACUCAAGGGGCAGCGUGUCCUCCUCGAUCCCAUUGGCUGGUUCGGUGCAUUCUUCGAAUGGCUUUCGUUGUACAUCCUACUUUGGCCUGAUGAUGGCGCCGUCAGAAAAGAGGAUGUUAGGCGCGUCUAUGAUGGCAGCAUUUUCCCGGAAUUGUCGAUGCGGAGGUCUGGGAAGAGUAAAGCGGACUGA